ACCAGCUUCACAUUCUAUAUUCCAUGCACUCCCCCUCCUGUCACUGUAUGCAUUCAUAGAAAUAUCAGCCUUGUAUUAUUUACACUACAUCGUCAAACUGUUCGCGAACUGCUCGACUCGUAAAUCAUGAACCGGACUUCUAGUUCUCUUCGAAGAACUAGCAGUAGCAGCGGAAGUGGAGGGAUAAUUCUCGAAAAAUAUCAGCUAGGCCAAAUUCUCGGACGUGGCAGCUUUGCGAAAGUCUAUAGAGCUCAAAAUUUGGGAGAUAAUUCGUCGGUUGCGAUUAAAAUUAUCGAAAAACCGGCGAAAUCUGAUCCUACCAUGGAGAAUUUGUUGGUCCGUGAAGUUGCGGCGAUGCGGAAGCUUAAUGAUCAUCCAAAUAUAUUAAAUCUUCACGAAGUCAUGGCUACGAAGUCGAAGAUUUAUCUGGUGAUGGAGCUGGCCGAAGGCGGUGAGCUUUUUGCGCAGAUAAGUCGUCGCGGUAAGAUGAAUGAGAGCGUGGCGCGGAGGUAUUUUCAGCAGCUGAUAUCGGCGUUACGUUUUUGUCAUGCUAAUGGUGUUGCGCAUAGAGAUUUGAAGCCGCAGAAUUUGUUGCUUGAUAAGCAAGGAACGUUGAAGGUUUCGGAUUUCGGGCUUUCGGCCUUGCCUGAUCAGGCUAAGAAUGGAUUGUUGUACACGGCUUGUGGGACUCCGGCUUAUACAGCUCCUGAGGUUGUUAGGAGAAGCGGUUAUGAUGGUGCCAAAGCGGAUGCUUUUUCGUGUGGGGUAAUUUUGUUUGUGUUUUUGUCAGGGUUUUUGCCUUUUGAUGAUGCUAAUUUGGGGAAUAUGUAUAAGAGGAUUUAUAAGAGGGAGGUUGUGUUUCCUAAUUGGAUUUCAAAGGGCGCGAGGAACGUGAUUUAUAAGUUGCUUGAUCCGAAUCCUAAUACGAGGAUGACAAUGGAGGGGGUGAUGAGUACUAAUUGGUUUAGCAAGUCGUUGAAGGUGGAGACAGAGGUGGAUAAAUUGGGGGUUUUGUUGGGUAAGGAUUGUAAGAAUGAUGGGAGUGUUAAUGCGUUUGAUAUAAUUAUGAUGUCGUCGGGGUUGGAUUUGUCAGGUCUUUUUGAAGCGGAUUUGAGUAAGAAGGAGAGGAGGUUUACUUCUAGAGGUUCGAUGAAGGAAAUUGAGGAAAGAGUUGGGAGAGUUAGUGAGGAAUUGGGGUAUAAAAUGGAGAAAGGAAAGGGUAGAGAGAUGGGGUUGGUGAAAGGGAAGAUUAUUCUUCUGGUAAGGAUUUUGGAGCUGGUAACAAAAAUGGGGCUUUUGAUGGUGGAAAUGGAAGUUAUUAGCGACGGUGAUGAGGUUGAGAAGGGUUGUGAUCAGUUGGAACAGUUUAAGGUCGGACUUGGAGACAUAGUUGUUUCUUGGCAUAAUAAUGAUGUUGUUGUUAACGGAUGAGAUAUUGCAAGAUUAACGUGCUGGAAUAGAGGGAUCUUGUUAGGGCGGUGACAAAUUGGCAGUGAUGGUGAGCUCCUGAUCUGCAUAAUUUGACAUGUACAUAUCUUGGUAGCGAUGAUCAAAGAUCUUAUCAGUUUUGUGAGCUUAGUUUGAUGGUGUAACGCCACAUAUAGUUUCAUGUUGUACAUUAAAAUUUGUUUAUAGUUCAAUUCUCUUUGUCUAGAA